GAAAAACACGCGGCACAGCAUUCCGCUUGCGCUCUGCCCUCGCCCCUCCCACCUCCUGCCCUGUGCGAGUCAGAGAUUUUGCGCGCGCGCCCCGGGGCAAAGAGAUAGUGCCACCACUGUUCGGUGCGGUGGUUUCGGUGAAAGAGACCGACAGAGCUUGGUGGAUAGAGAAGAGAGGAGGCGGAGGCGAGGUCUCCAACGGGGAGGGAAUAGAGCGGUGCAUUUUCUUGCCCACGGGCACGGAAGGUCAGCCUCUCGGAAGCAAGGGGCGUCGCCAUUGCUCCCAUCGGCGCCGCCUGUUCUUGUGUGAUUGCUUCAGUUCGCACCACUAAACAAGAUGGAUGGGAUGGACUUCCUGGCAGGAAUGGGCAUGAACGAGGAGGAUCUUAUGACGAUGGUGUUUGAAAAGAAUGUUGCUGAGCUGAGAGAAGACACGUUUGAUGGUUCUGAGGAGGAAAGACAAAUCUUUGAGGAGAUUUUCGGCUGCGGGCAGAACACUUCACAGCCAGGCGCAAGCAAAACAUCUAUACCGCCAUCCGGCUCUGCCUCCAGCGGCAAGAUGGGCUACUGCCGCAUAGUGGAGUCCUUCACUCAGGGCAACCUAUCGAGCUAUCAUGUCUUCGAUCACAGUGCUAGUCAACAAAUGCAGAACGCAAUGCCUUGCACAGAUCAUCAUGACAUGCCUUCUGAGCUCGUGGUACAGUCGACGCCACCUUCCAUCGAUCGGGUGUACACUCGCAGGGCGGUGACUCACAGCAGCCAGAGAGCAGAACUUUCCAGUGUCCUGGAUUUAGAGAGGGUUGACAUCACCAGCGUGAUCGCGCGGCGACCGGGCGGCUGUGGCUUUGGAAUGCUCUGGAACCAUCUCCGGCUGCACGCGCAUCUUCUGAUGCUGGACGCCGGGUGGAAGAUCGAGGGCAAGGAGAGGGGGAACAAGAGUAAGAUCGAGGGCAACAAGGAAAGGUGGAACAAGAGUAAGAUCGACCUCAUGUACGAGUCGCCCGACAAGCUCAUGCGCCUGGCUUCUCUUGCCAGGGCAUGGAAGUGCUUUGGUGAGUGGCUGCUUAUCCGUUCGUCCAGAGUUGAUGGAGAUGACUGUGGAAAGGAAUGGUCCAACAUGCACGACUUUCUGUGUGAUUUGAAGGACACGCUGCUGUGCUUGGAACACGAGGCCCGGCGCGCCGAGCAAUCCCUGUCUUUCAUGCACCAGUGGCGGCUGCUCGAUCCUUUCAUGGCGGUGGUUUGCAUCGAGAAGAAGGUCGCAGCGCUGCGGAAUGGGGUGCCACUGAAGGCUGUUAACAGCACAGUCUACAGCCCUCAGACAUAGCGAGGGAAGUUGCAGAAGCAGAGCAAGGGAGAACCAAAUAUGAGUCAGCGAGUACAGUUGAAGCUGAAAGGGAGCCGGAGGCGUUGGUGGCACGGCGUGAACUGUGGCGGCCUAUCUGUGACGAAGAGGGCUGCGUGGUAGUUUGGAGUACCAGAUCGACUUAGUUGCGUGUUUUCUUUUGCCCACUCUGUUGUACUCAUACUGUAGAACGGAUCUCUAGUCUCUGCUCGGACCUUCUAACUAAGUAUCUUCGUAUCUCCUAAGUCA